AUCGAACUUGCGGUAGUAUUCAUCCGAAGCACGCAUACGUGGGUAACUGCUCACUACCUGCUAUGUUUUAAGAAAUGAACGGAUCCACGGGCGCAGUUACGACUGACAAGUUUUUUUUUUUUUUACCUACCUUACGCACAAGCCCCAUUCAUCAUCAGCAUCAGCAUCAGGACAUUUCGGUAUCCCGCAAUCGCAAACACGAUUCCAUUCUAGAACCGGUAAGAAACCCCCCCUCAAUCCCUCUAUGCUCGUCCCUGUCGUUCGGCCAGGGGGUGGGAUGAAAAGUGUGAGCCUUGAGCUUUGACCUUUUUUUUUUCCUUUCUCCCUCUCCAGAAUUUCAGGUACGGAGUACGUGCGGAUAUUCCAACGUACGUGCGCAGUAUCCGUACCUCAUGCAUCUUUGGUUACUUACGGAUACUGCGU